AUGCGGAAUGACAAGGACGACGAACCCGAAUCAGCAGAGGACGCAGAUGAUUCGUCCAGGAUUAUAGCAGAUGCCAUCCGCGCCCGACGACAAUUUCUGUACGGUACGGGUUCGGUGGCUGCCACCAUGCUCGGCCUGGCGUCUCUCGUGCUGUUCGUGUUUUACUUUGCCGCCGGCGGCCCCAGAGAGCCGGACCCGUCUCCUUCCGAGAUCGGACAGUACAGCGGCUGGGCCGUCGUCACCGAUGUGCCGGGGUGCAAGCAAAUACCCAGCACCGUGUACACGAGGAACGGCACAAUGGCCGACGCCGCCGUGGCUACCAUGCUGUGCAUGGGCGUUGCGCAUCCGCACGCGUCGGGCCUCGGCGGCGGAUUCGUGGCGCUGCAUUAUCACAGGAUCACUAAACGAGCCCGCGUGCUGAUUGCCACCGAGAGCGCUCCCAGGUCCGCACGCCGUGAGAACUUCACCGAUAGCAAGGCACUGCGCAGCGGCUGGAAGUCUGUGGGUGUGCCCGCAGCGUUGUACGGCUACUACGCUCUGCUCUCCGAGCUCGGCACGACGUACCAGUGGGAGAAGCUCUUCGAGGACGCCCACUACAAGGCCUCCGAGGGAGUCGACGUGGACGAGGGUCUGGCGGACGCCAUCAAGUUCAUGGGCGAACAGAUUAAGCGCGAGGAUACGAUGAAACCCAUCUACUGGAAUAAAUACACGAAGGACCUGUACCGCCAAGGCCAGCUACUGCGAAAUCCGCCUCUGUCUCGGACGCUGAAGCAGUUGUCGUUGAGCGGAUUCAGGGCGUUCUACACCGUGAGUAAAAGCAAGAACAUCACGCUAGCAGACGCCCUCGUACAGGACCUGGUCACCGGCGACGCCAGGGAUCUCUCAAGUGACAGUUCGCACGGCACCAGCUCGCUUGUGACUGGUGCGGACCUACGUUCCUACCAGCCUGUUUGGAAGGAUGCUCUCCGAACAACGCUACGCGGCGGACCGGCCGGUGACUUGACGCUGUUCACCGCGCCGCCACCGACGGCCGGCGCCGUAAUAUCCUACAUCAUGAACGUCAUGAACGUCAAGCGCAGCCGGGAAGACCCGUCGCGCCAGCAGCAGUACGCGCUCACACUCGCCAACAUGCACUACCUGGCCGAGACGUUCAAGUACGCGCUCCAGAAGCGCACUCACCUCGGGGACGACGAAUACGUCGACAUAAGGAAGGAAGUGCAGGACAUGCUGUCCUUGCACUACGCCUCGGACACCUUCGACAACAUACUGCCGGAACGAGCGAGAAAGCCCGAGGACUACAUGCGCGGUGUCGUGCCGCAGUCUGACAAAGGCACCAGCAACCUGAUCCUCUAUUCGCCCUCUGGAGACACGCUGGUCAUCUCGUGCACGCUUCACAACACGUUCGGCAGCUUGCGCAUGUCCCGCAAGACGGGCGUGCUGCUGAACAACGCGCUGAGCGACUUCAGCGACCUGGACGUGGCUACCCGGGUGGUGGACAUCAGCGGCAGCGACUCGAGCGAGGUGUCCGAGAGCGACGCCCGGCGCGCCAACAGCAUGGCGCCCUUCAAGCGGCCACUGACUUCCCUGUCGCCCAUACUAGUGCUGGGUCCGAAGAACUCGCUUCUGGCACUCGCCGGCUCCGGGGGCCUGCGCAUCCCCACCAGCUUGUCACAGGUGGCGAUCCGAGUCCUCUGGGAGAAAAAGAACAUCAAGAAGGCGAUCGACUACCCCCGCAUACACACGGACUUGCUGAGCGGGACCAUCUUCUACGAGCCGAACAUGCCGCAAAAACUGAUGCAGAAGCUAGCACAGAAGAACCACACCCUGCAAAAGGAGAGCGGUGAGCUGGGUAGGUUCGACCGCUACUCCUUCGUCACGGGCCUCACGUUCAUCGACGGCCUCAUCGAAACCAACUACGACUACCGCGGCAAGGUUGGCGGCUCGGACGGCGAGCCACACGUCAACCUAACCAAAUAUUGCCACGCCGGGAACAAUCCCUGUGUUUCGGCGCCGUUCCCCUGAGCCUCAUAUGAACCGGCGAACCGGGCGUC